AUGUCAUGUUCUAAACUCUCAUCAACUUUGUCAAACAUUGGUACAAAUUAUCAAGACUUUUUACGUAAAUUUACCGAUGAAAAUUUCAUGGAUAAUUUAUUAAAAGAAUUUGAUGAAAUAUUGACUAAAUUAAAUGUGAUUGAUCAAUUUUUAUUUUCAAAAUAUGAUCAAUUUGUUAAAGAUAUUAAAGAUUUUAGAGAAUCAUUAUUAAAAUUUGUAUUAGAAUCAAAAGUGCAUUUAUCUGUAUUGAAAGAUAAUUUCAAAAAACAACGUUAUCAAAAUGCUACAGAUGAUAUAAAAUUAAAGUUUAUUAAAGAACGAUUAGAUAAAAUUAAUCGUCAAACAUUAUUUGAUUAUAUUAAUGGAUGUCAAAAAUUGAUAACAACAUCGUUGGAUUUACAUACUGAAUAUGGUACAAGAAUAUUUAAAAUUAAAUAUUUUGUUUUAAACAUUUUAGGUUUUACAGCUAUGGGUGCCCUUGCUGGGUUUAGUAUCGGUUUAGUUUUACCAUUUUUAACUGCAUUUGAAAUGGGUGUUGGUGCUGCUGUUGGUGCACUUGCAGGUCUAGCUUAUGUCAUUUAUCAAUUUGCCUGUGAAUGGGAUAAAAAAAUGAAAAGUAUCGAAAUUGUACGUAAUCAUUUAAUAGAAAUUCAUGAUAUGUUAGAAAACUUAAAACAAACGUUGCAUGGAGCAUAUUAUAGAUUAGGUAUAGCACAAACAGAAUUAGAUGAACAACAAGAAGGAAAAUCAUUUCAAGAUGUUGCUGAUCUAGAAGAUUAUGUGUUAACUUCAUAUAAUGAAUUUAUUAAAUUAGAAAAUGUUUUAUUAAACAUGAGAGACCCCGUACAAUAA